CUCUCCAUUCAAGGUGCGGCAGCCAAGCAGGUGCGUGAGGAAUCGUCGAGAAAUCAUAUAGCUGUUGUUUGCUAACUUUAUUUUUUAAAGCUAAGGAAAACGUGCCUAGAUAGCAAAAGACGAGCCAGUUUUUUUUCCUCGCAAGGAAGCAGACUUGUUUUUUUAAAGAAGAGAGAAGUCUGUGUCUUGAGGAGUACCUGAACAGGUGAACAGCGUCCUUUGUUGUUUCAAAGUCAAGUCGGAGAAGAAGUAGAAAUGGCUAACUCGGGUCUUCAGAUUCUGGGAUUCGCCCUGGCUCUUCUGGGCGUGAUUGGACUCGUAGUUGGUACAAUUAUGCCCCAGUGGAAGAUGUCUGCCUACGUCGGGGACAACAUCAUCACUGCGAUCUCCAUGUACGAAGGACUGUGGAUGUCCUGUGCGUUCCAGAGCACAGGUCAAAUGCAGUGUAAAGUGUACGACUCCAUCCUGCAGCUCAACAGUGCUCUUCAGGCAACCCGCGCCCUCAUGAUUGUGAGCAUUAUUGUAACGCUGGCUGGUCUGGGUGUAGCUUGCAUGGGGAUGAAGUGUACCAACUGUGGCGGAGAUGACAAAGUGCGCAAGUCCCGCACUGCAAUGGGUGGUGGAAUUAUUAUCUUGAUUGGAGCUUUGUGUGCCAUUGUUGCCUGCUCUUGGUAUGCGAAUGACAUCAUCCGGGCCUUCUACAACCCUUUCACCCCUGUCAACACUAAGUAUGAGUUCGGUGCUGCCAUCUUCAUUGCCUGGGCUGGUGCGUUCCUGACCGUUGUGGGAGGCGGCAUUCUGGCAGCAAGCUGUUCAAAAAGCAAAGGGCGUCAAAGUGGACCAAAGUAUCCCAUCUCCAACCCCAGAUCCAGUGGUAGCAACAAGGAUUAUGUAUGAACAGGAACGUUCCUGGUUUGAGGCUGAAGGAACACUUUAACAUUUACACUCGUCCAACUAAGAGAUUGAAGCAUUGCAAAGAUGUAUCGCAGGAGGUGGAGACCUCACUUUUUAUUUUGUAUUUUAGUUUCACCAGUACUAACCUGUGAUGUUACUCUAUUUUAUUAAAUUCAGUAAAAUAUUUUAAAUGAUGGCUGUUUACCUGAGACCAAGAUUAUUGGCUUUGUUUUGUCUGGAUCUGUACCUACUGCUCGCGUGCUUAUCUAAUGUACACCACACCACCCACGUACUAUGUCAGUCCUGCCUCAUUCUGCCAAAAUGCUGUACUGUGACACUGGCAGUAGACCCUUUAGAUCAGUUACAGGUUUGGUUCAGUGAACCUCUGCAAUGCACUUUGGUGUCUGAAGAGCUUUGGGGCGCGCCAGUUGUAAGCAAAUCUCUCCCUCCCCCCCCCCCCCCCCCCCCCCCCCCCCAAAAAAACCAAACCAAAAAAACAACUAAAUUCUGGCAUGUGGCUGUGUUAUCUUGCUGCUGCCAUCAGAGUGCCAUAACACAUGAGGGAGCAUAGUGGGUCAAGUUGCCAGCUAUGUCAACAAUUGGGCAACAAAUCCCGCCCCCCCCCCCC